AUGACAAGCAAAAAGGCUUUGGUGAAGCGCCUAAUAGGCGUUGUGGCUGACUUAAAUUCUAAAAUAGAACGUAUAUUACAGAAAAAAGAUGAACCAGAUACAGCAUUUGGAGAGGACGAGGACAUGGUAAAUGAAGAGGAGGAAGAAACAUAUUAUUAUCGUACACAGUUGGAGUAUGAUGAUACAUCUACUUAUGGUUUGGAGGGGGAAGUUGGGCAUACAUAUGCCAUCCACACCAAAAUUGAAGAAAAUCACAAAACCAAGGAAAAAAUAGGAGUGGAGAGUCUUGAAAAAGCAAAUGAAGACAUUGUGAAUGAACAAAUAUAUUGCGAUAUGGAGUGGCUUGCUCAUGGAAAGACGGCCGACGAACGCAAGGUGGACGAUACACCCUCAAGAACUCAAUUUGUAACCUAG